GAUCUCGAGAGAUCAAAGAUAGUCCCAAACGACAUUGAAAUCGAUGCGGGGAGACAAAGUUUAAAAGAGACAAACUUUGUUCACAUGAAGCAACCUAAAGAAGAUGAAGGAACAGAGAGAAAGUGAUUUCUCUCGUAGCUGCAACUUAAUUCUUGCAAACCAAGGCAGCUGGAGUGUACUGUAGCAACCGUUAUACUCGAUGUUAUCGCGAGUACAUUCAAUGUCCGGAGGAAUGUCCAAGCACAACCGCCAUGAACUCCAACAACAAAGUGUGCUACGCCGAUUGCGACAGACCCCCUUGCAAAUCCCAAUGCCGCAUGAGGAAACCGAAUUGCAACAGACCUGGAUCAGCUUGUUAUGACCCUAGGUUCAUUGGAGGAGACGGCAUGGUGUUCUACUUCCAUGGAAAGAGCAAUGAAGAGUUCAGCCUCGUCUCUGACUCUGACCUUCAGAUCAAUGGUAGGUUCAUCGGUCACAGACCAGCUGGUCGCGACAGAGACUUCACAUGGAUCCAAGCUCUUGGCUUCCUCUUCAACUCCCACAAAUUCUCUCUUGAAGCAGCAAAAUCAGCCUCAUGGAACAACGACGUCGAUCAUCUCAGGUUCACUUUCGAUGGUCAAGACUUAUCUGUUCCGGAAGAAACUCUCUUCACCUGGUACUCACCAAACAAGGACAUCAAGAUUGAGAGAGUGACUAUGAGAAACAGCGUGAUCGUGACAAUCAAAGACAAAGCCGAGAUCAUGGUCAAUGUCGUUCCAGUGACAAAAGAAGACGACAGAAUCCAUAACUACAAAGUACCAUCAGAUGACUGUUUUGCACAUCUCGAAGUUCAGUUCAAAUUCUUCAACCUUUCACCAAAUGUCGACGGAAUCUUGGGACGAACCUACAAACCAGAUUUCCAGAAUCCAGCUAAGUCUGGAGUCGCAAUGCCAGUGGUUGGUGGCGAAGACAGCUUCAAGACCUCGUCUCUACUCUCCAAUGACUGUAAAACUUGCAUUUUCUCUGAAUCACAGGCAGAGAUUGAUAUCGUUAAGUCAGAGAUUGUGUAUGCUACCUUGGAUUGUACCAGUGGAGCGUCUUCUGGAUACGGGAUCGUCUGCAGAAAGUAAAGAAAUCAUAUGAAAACAAAAUUUGGCUUAAAAAGAAUAAUGUCAGAGAGCAAUAGCUUUUGUUGGCGAUGUUACAAAGUAUAAUAACUAAGUGAAGAUGACAUAUGUUGUGUUAUUACUAUGAAAUGUAUUUUUGUAUAUUGUA